AUGCAUCUCCGACUGCCGCCUAUUAUCCUCGGUGGCGCUGGAUUCAGCAACCAACUCCAUCCCGACCCCCAACAGAUCCCUAUCGCUGACAUCCUACGACGCGCCUUCGACGUAGGUAUCAGAGCCAUUGAUACCUCACCAUACUAUGAACCCUCCGAACAACUCCUAGGGCACGCGCUGGCCAGCCCGCAAAUAACGACCAAGUACGUGCGUAGUGACUACAUCCUAAUGACUAAGGUGGGCCGUAUUUCCGCCGACAAAUUCGAUUACUCGCCGGGGUGGAUUCGGCAAUCCGUCCAGACAUCCCUGCAUCGACUCGGCGCCUCGUACCUGGACGUGGUGUUCUGCCACGACGUUGAAUUCGUCUCCGUCCACGAGGCCAUCGACGCAGUCGGCGUCUUACUGGAAUUAUCCCGAUCCAACCAGGUCCGAUUCGUCGGUAUUUCCGGCUACUCGAUUGAUCGUCUGGUGCAGAUCGCGCACGCAGUCCGGGAGAAAUACCAUCGUCCGUUAGAUAUCGUGCAGAAUUGGGCGCAGAUGACGCUGCAGAAUACCAGGCUAGAAACUUACGGUAUCCCGGCAUUGCGUGAGGCUGGAGUCCGCGUGGUCUGUAAUUCAAGUCCGUUGGCGUCGGGACUGUUGCGAUCGGGCGACGUGCCUUCUGGGAAACUGGGAGAUUGGCAUCCUGCGCCGGAGGGCUUGCGUACCGCUGUGAGGAGGGCAUCGGAUUCGGUGGAAGCACAGGGAUCGACUCUGGCGGGUCUGGCGCUUCGGUUUUCUCUGGCGAGAGCCAUGCGAGCGUCGAGCAAUGAUGGUGGUGGUGGCAUCUCGGUGCAUACGAUCGUGGGUAUCUGCUCGCUCAAUGAUAUUGAUCAGAAUGUACACGCCGCCCAGACCAUUCUCCGUCCGAGACAGGAGUCCAAGACACUUGAUAUCUCCCGGUUGAGGGAUGUCGACGCGGAUGUUGAAGAUGUCGACCUCGCGAUGUAUCACCAGGUCCGGGGGAUCCUGGGCGAAUGGGCGGAAUACGACUUUGAAACAGGCAAGAAAGUGGAUAGAGCGCCUUUGCUCUGGCGUCGCAUCUCAAUCGGAUUGGUACUGCUGCUGCCAUUGCUGGUUUGGUCCACUGAUCUCGUUCCUUCGAUUGAACUAUGA